AUGGGGAUCAAAAAGCUACUAGAAACAAUUACAGAAAAAGCACCUAGAGGUAUCAGAGAAGUCCCAUUGGAGCACUAUGCAGGGAGAACUGUGGCUUGUAAUGCUUCAUUAACUAUGUAUCAAUGUUUAAUUACUACACAAUAUAUCCCUAGCAGAGGUGCAGGAAUGCUUACAGACGAAGCAGGCACCCCAACAGCCCAUUUAGUUGGCCUUUUUAACAGAACAAUUCAAUUUUUAGAGCUUGGAAUCCGGCCUAUCUGAAUAUUUGACCACAAAUCUCAACGAAAACAUAACGACGACUACGAAAAGAAAAAAACUUUAAAAUUCAUUAAAAGAAAACAGAACCAAAAUCUCGGAAAAUCCUCAGAAGAGCCAAAAUUCCCUAAAAGAUCAGUCAAUUUAACCCCAGAAAUGGCAGAUGAUGCCAAAAAAAUGCUUGGGCUUUUAGGCAUCCCAUCAGUAGAAGCUCCAGGCGAAGCUGAAGCUCAAUGUGCAGAAAUCGUAAAAGCAGGCAAAGCCUUUGCAGUUGUAAGUGAAGAUAUCGACGCCCUCACAUUUGGCGCUAAAUUUCUAAUAAAAGGAAUGAAUAACAAAAGAGAGCCUGUGACGGAAAUAAACCUAGAAGAAGUCUUAAGGGGGCUAAAUUUCACUUUUGACGAAUUUAUUGAUUUUUGCAUAUUAUUAGGGUGCGAUUAUUCUAAAACUAUAGAAGGAGUUGGGCCGACGACGGCUUAUAAGAUGGUUCAGCAGUGCUCGACUAUAGAAAGGGUGGUGGAAUAUAUAAAAAGCACAGAAAAUAAAAGAUAUAAUUUUCCGAAGGUUUUUGCAUAUGAAGACGCUAGGGCGAUUUUUCAAAAUCCUAAUGUGAUUUCGAUAGAAAAAAUUGAAUUGGAAUGAAAAGAACCUGAUGAAGUAGCAUUGGCAGAGUUUUUAGUAAAUGGAAAAGGGUUUAAUACUAGUAGAAUUGAAGGGGCGAUGAGAAGGAUUAAAACUUCACAAGCAAAGCCUGCACAACUGAGGCUGGAAAGCUUUUUUAAAUCUGACCCAUUAAAGAGACCACCGGCGCCUGCACCUGUAAAAAAAUCUUUUGGGUGGAAAAAAAGGAAGCGUGAAGAAAAUUAA